AAUCUCACCCCUCCAAUAACCCAUCUAUUUAACACCUCCAUCAAAACCAAACCGUCACCUCUUACUUCUUCCUCAGACCAAUAUUUUCAUCUCCAGAUACUUCUGCCUGUGACUCAAAGACAUGGGAUUUCCAGUGGGGUACACAGAAUGGGUGCUACCCAAGGUGCUUCUUCAUCUCCUAUCCGUAUUGGGCCUCAUCAGAAAACUCCUCACCCUCCUCUUGUGCUACAUGGGCUUCCACGAUUUCUUCGAACCCGACAUUGCGUGGCCCGAGAGGCUGCCGGAAUUGCAGUCGGUGUCGGCGGUGCUGAUCCGGGAAAUCCUGCCGGUGGUGAAGUUCUCGGAGAUGGCGGGGGCGGAGGUGGAGGCGGCGGAGAGUUGCGCGGUGUGUCUGUACGAGUUCGAGGGAGAGGACGAGAUCAGACGGUUGACGAACUGCCGCCACAUAUUCCACAGAGGUUGUCUGGACCGUUGGAUGGGGUACGAUCAGAGAACGUGUCCCCUCUGUCGGACGCCCUUCAUACCCCACCAUAUGCAAGCUGCCUUCAAUGAUAGACUGUGGGCUGCUUCAGGAAUCCCUCAAUUCUACUACAACGAUGAAUGAAACCGUCACUGUUCCUUUUUCUUUUUCCAACAUUUAAGGAUGCAUGGAUGUUAACCCUCUUCUUCGCCAUCUUUCUCUUGUAUAUAUUAUAUACGCAACUUCAAACAAAAUCCAAA